AUGUCCAAAGCACUGCUCAUCACCGGCGCCACAGGCAAACAGGGCGGCGCCGUCAUUGACGCCCUCAUCGAGCUGAAGGUCGACUGCACCAUCCUUGCUGUGACGCGCGAUGCCUCGUCCGCCGGUGCCCAGAAGCUCGCCAGCAAAGGCUCCAAUGUAAAGCUGGUCCAAGGCAACCUCGACGACGCGCCAGCCCUCUUCACCGCCGCCGCCGAAGCGGCCAAGCCGUCGCCCAUCGCGGGCGUGUACAGCGUGCAGAUCUCAAUGGGCAAGGGCGUGACCAAGGACAGCGAGAUCGCACAGGGCAACGCGCUGAUCGACGAGGCCAUCAAGCACAACGUCGCGCACUUUGUCUACUCGAGCGUCGAGCGCGGCGGCGACGAGGCUUCAUGGAGCACGCCGACGCCGGUGCCGCACUUCCAGAGCAAGCAGCUCAUCGAGCAGCACCUGCGCGAAGCCACCGCGCCCGGCACUCCCGGCGAAGCCAUGGCCUGGACGGUCCUGCGCCCCGUCGCCUUCAUGGACAACCUCGCCCCCGGCAUGCCGACCAAGGUCUUCUUGACCGCCCUACGCGACACCAUGCAGGGAAAGCGCACCCAGUGGGUCGCCGUCCACGACAUUGGCCGCUUUGCCGCCUUGGCCUUUGCCAACCCCGACGAGUGGCGCAACGUCGCCAUCGGCCUUGCGGGCGAAGAGCUGUCGUACGAUGAAAUGAGCGAGCGCUUCCAGCGUGCUACGGGCUCCCCGGUGCCCUCGUCGUACUGGUUCUUCGGUAGCGCGCUGAUGUACAUGGUCGCGGAGCUGAACACCAUGAUCACCUGGUUCGCGACAGACGGGUACAAGGCGGAUAUCGCGAAGUGCAAACAGAAGAACCCCCAGAUGUUGGAUUUGGAGACUUGGCUGCGUACGAAGAGCGACUUCGAGACGAAGAGCCAGUAG